AUGGCAGGCGAUGGGCCCCCGAAGCUCAGUCGCCAUGCGCAGCGGCGCCGCGAGCAGGCCAAGGACUGGUGCUGCAAGUACUGCAUCCACCCGAUCUCGCAGAACCAGUGGUGGAAUCGGUCCGACACGGUGUCGUGCACCAAGUGCGGGUCGGCCAAGGCCGUGGCAUUCAUGUGUGUUCGCCCGCCGCCUGGACCGUCCACCAAGCGUGCCAAGCCGCCAGCUGCGAACUCAGGCAGCGGCUCCGCUGCGGUGCCGCCGUGGGUUAACGACAAGCUGGAGGCCCUGGCAAAGGAGUUGGCCAGCACCAAGGCCAAGCUGGCUGAGACCACCAGCAAGCAGCACGCGCCGUCCAUGGAGGUCGACGAGGGCGCAGAGCACUGUGAGGGCCAGGGUGACUCCUUGGACCAGAAGAGGGCGCGCCUUGAGGAGGUCGACGCUGCGCUGCGGGCCAUCGCCGGCUCCAGCGAGGUCCUGUUCGAGACGGCCCGGGUCGAGCUGGAGGACACUCGCAAGAAGCUCAGCGCGGAGCUGGCCGCUGCGAAGCCCGUCCCAGCGCAGCUGCGCACCCUGUCCUUCAAGCUGGGCAAGCUCGAGCAGAAGCGCGCCAAGCAGGAGGAGGCCCUGCAGGCAGCCAAGGACAAGGUCGUGCAGGCCAACAAGGAGGUGGAUGAGGCCACGCAGCAGCUCGCCGAGUCCGACGCGGCGAUCUUGGAGCUCCAGCAGGAGCAGACGCGGCUCGCCGCCACGCUCCCUCGUCCACCAGCUGGAGGCGUCUCGCCAAAGGCUGACAUCGUCGAGGGGCUCGGCGUCACCAUCGAGAAGCUGGGCGCGAUGUUGGCGGAGCUCGGCGACAGCGGGGUGCUCGCGGAGAAGCUUGGCACGGUGCUGGGCGAGGUCCGUGAGUACGAGCAGCGUAAGGUCGAGGCCGCAGCGCAGGAGGCCAAGGCUGCGGCCGAGGCAAGGGCGACCCAGGCCAAGGCUGAGCCUGUGCCCAGCCAGGGCGCCAAGGAGUCGGAGGCAGGCCCAGACCUCCCAGACCCCGACACGGCGACCGAGGAGGAGCUGCGCGAGUUCCUCUCCAGCUCGGGCGUGGACCCGUCCCAGGAGUGCGAGGAGCUCCGCGGCCAGGUGCGCAAGAUCACCGACGCGCUGGGCGGCUGGCGCGAGGUCAAGAGGGCCAAGGCCAGCGCUGCCCGCAGCAUGCGGAGGGCCCAGCUGCUGGAGCGCGUUGGAGCGCGCGAGCAGGCCUUGACUAAGGCGAGAGCGCGCCAGCGCCGAGGCAAGGCCUCCAGCAAG